GCGGUUACUCCUCUCCUUCUUUCUGCCGAGGCGACAGUAGUGGCGAUAGUGCUGAGAUAACAACACGACCGCUGCAAUAAAAUCUGUGACGAUUCGUUCAUCGUACCCACUAAUACACACACAUACAUCUAUCUUUCUUUCUAUCUCUCUAUUAGAGCUGCGUUGCACACCAUGUCAGCCUGCACGCACCCCACGUCUGCCCUGUACGUCGACCGACAACAGGGCAAAACGAUCUGCACCAUCUGCGGUGACGUCGUGAUGGAGGAUCAGUUUGAGUUAGAUCCGGUGUUUGCGCAGAGCGGCAGCGGUGGUGGUGGCCAGCGCCCCCUUCCUGGCAGCUUCCGUCCUGCCUCCUCGGCGAAGGCCGCUAACUCCGGUUUGAGCCGCUCACACGCUCGCCCCACCAUCGACAAGGCACGCCGUGAGAUGCUGAACAUCGCUCGCCUCUUGGACAUUAGCGACGAGACGGUAGAGCGGGCGCUCGGAGUUUACAAGGUGGCCCUCAACAUGAACGCCGUCUCCGGCACGCGGCCGAGUGUGCUGUGCGCCUGCCUCUACGCCGCAUGCCGGCGGGAGCGGACGUCGCACGUCAUUUACGACUUCUCGAACGGCUGCAACGAAGAUCCGCAUGCGAUUCUGACCCAGAUGAAGCUCAUUUGCCAUGCGACGCACACGGAGGUGCCCGUGGUGGACCCGUCCUGCUACGUGCAGCGCUUCGCAGAGGAGAUGGACCUGCGGGAGAAGACGGCGGAGGUGAUCGUGUGUGCGCUGAAGGUGCUGCGUGCGAUGCAGGACGACUGGAUCAGCUGCGGGCGGCGCCCGAUGGGCGUGUGCGCGGCCGCACUUCUCGUGGCCUGCUACGUCUUCGGCAUCCUCCGCACCCCCGAGCAGGUGUGUGGGAUGGUGCGGCUGACGUCGAACACUAUCUCAAAGCGCCUUAACGAGUUCGCCGCCACGCCGACCGCGGCGCUGGAGAGCAUCGACGACUACCAGCCGUCGAGUCAAACGCUGCCGCCGGCCUUCAACGACUCGAGCCGCAAGUCGACCGAAGAGGACGUGCACGCAAGCAUGCGAGAGCUCUCCGCCAUCUUCUACGAACUCGUGACGGAGGCGAAGACGUCGCAGCCAGCGACGCCGGAGCGGUGCGACAAGUGGCGCCGCUUCAUCUUUAAGCACUGUGAGCUGGAGGGCAUUACCCCGCUGGAGGAGAACCUCGACCUGACCGGGCUGACACCGGAGCAGCAGCUUCACAUCUUAGGCCUGCCGCACACGAAGCCUAUCCCACAGGAGGAGGUGGAACGCAGCGUGAAGGAGGAGGAGCACAAGCUGCUGGUGAAGCGAGAAGACUCGCUGCAGCGCAGCAGUGAGGGGGACGCCGGCUUGCUGCUGGGCGGGCGCUUGCCAAGCGGCUUCAGUGUGCUGCAAGGGCUCCACCCAUCUGGCUUUGCGCCGCACGCGGUGCCCGACGGCGACACCCUCGCGUCAUCGUUAGCCAACGCCACGCCGCACAUGGGCGAUGGAGCAGCACCGCCGUCAUCGGAGCCGUACGGACUCAUCGACCCCGCGACGGCGGCCGUGUUAGACGCGCCGGAGCAGCUGCAGUGGAUGACGGACGAGUACACGCGUCUGCUGAACAGCAACGCGGAGGUGAUGCAGCUGCGUAACGACUUCGAUUUUAUGGAAGACGAGGACGAGGAUACGGGAGAGGAAGGGCAGACGAACGAUGGACGCCACCGCAGCGCAACGACGAACAUCAAGGCUACGCAGAACGAGUAUGGCGCGCGUGUGUCAGCGGUGCGGGGCACGAGCCCGCCGCCGGACCAACCAAACAACGACGCCCCGGGCGAGGAGGCGUUGUUUAACCGAGAUGAUGAAAGCAUGCGCCUUGCGUUGGCCGACUUGCUCUACGACCGAGAGCGCCGCCACGCCCUGCCGUGGGAGUUCCUGGUACUACCGCGAGUGAAGGACGAAGACUGCACCGACAUCCUGCCGUACCUCGUCCUCGACAACGAGGAGCGGCUGCGACGGGAGCGCAUUGGGCUGGAGCUGUACCGCGAAAAGUGGAUGCGCGGCCGCGCCCGCACGCAGGACGAGAUCGAUCGCCUCGAGGAGGCCCGGGAGACGAAGCGGCGACGACGCGGCUCCGUGGCGGGACCGGCGGCGGAUGUGCCGUCUGCGAUGGAGCGUGCCUUACGUGGCCGUGGUGCCGGCACCGUGAACAUCUCGCAAAUUGAAGAGCUGCUGCCUGGUAUGUUGGAGGGCGGCGAAGACGAGGUGAACGCGGAGUGGGAUUGA